CAUAGAGACGCGAGGCCUGGAGGCGAGCGAGCGACCGACCGCGGUGCCUUGUGGGAUGCCGGAGGAGCAGGGAGUGGGCGGUUCCGGUCCGGAUUGCGGCCUGGCAGCUGGGCGAGCGCGGAGGAGUCGAAAGCUCUCGGGGGGUUGGGCCCAGGUUCUGAAACUUGCAGUGACGGAACAUGUCUCAGUCAGGUGAAAAAGUAAAGUUUUCUGACUCAGCAGGCUAUGUGGGAUUUGCUAAUCUGCCCAACCAGGUCCACAGGAAGUCUGUAAAGAAGGGCUUUGAAUUCACUCUAAUGGUGGUUGGAGAAUCUGGUUUGGGAAAAUCCACCUUAAUUAACAGUUUAUUCCUGACUGAUCUUUAUCCAGAACGUUACAUUCCUGGAGCUGCAGAGAAAAUAGAGAGAACAGUCCAAAUCGAAGCUUCUACAGUAGAGAUUGAGGAGCGAGGGGUGAAACUCCGUUUAACAGUAGUUGAUACACCAGGAUAUGGCGAUGCCAUUAACAGCCAGGACUGCUUCAAAACAAUCAUCCAUUAUAUUGACAAUCAGUUUGAAAGAUACCUACAUGACGAGAGUGGUCUGAACAGGCGCCACAUUAUAGACAACAGAGUCCACUGCUGUUUUUACUUCAUAUCACCCUUUGGGCAUGGGCUGAAGCCUUUAGAUGUAGAGUUCAUGAAAGCGCUUCAUGGAAAAGUCAACAUUGUCCCUGUGAUUGCCAAGGCUGACACUCUGACACUGAAGGAGAGAGAGAGGCUGAAGAGAAGGGUUCUGGAUGAGAUUGCUGAGCAUGGCAUUAGGAUUUACCAGUUGCCUGAUGCAGACUCUGAUGAAGAUGAGGAAUUCAAAGAACAGACCAGGGUUCUGAAGGCUAGCAUUCCCUUUGCUGUUAUUGGGUCCAACCAGCUUAUUGAGGUGAAAGGAAAAAAAAUCCGAGGUCGUCUUUACCCUUGGGGAGUGGUUGAGGUUGAGAAUCCAGAGCACAAUGACUUCCUUAAAUUGCGCACAAUGCUGGUAACACACAUGCAGGACCUGCAGGAAGUGACCCAAGAUCUGCACUAUGAGAACUUCCGAUCGGAGAGAUUAAAACGCACUGGCAAGCCUGUUGAAGAAGAAGUUGUAGACAAGGAUAGGAUCCUCCAGCAGAAAGAGGCUGAGCUGCGUCGCAUGCAGGAAAUGAUUGCACAGAUGCAAGCCCAGAUGAGGAUGAAGCCUGGGGAUGAGUGAGAUGCUGAACAUGUGGCUGUACAAGUGAUACACGGUUCUCUUAAAAAUGGAUCAGUGCUUUAUUCUGUUUGAUGAUGCUAUUGAACACCAGUAACAACGCUCAAAUACGAUGCUGGAUGCGGCAAGACCUUGAGGGGGGGAAAGUCUUGAAGAUUGUGUUGUGAAACGAUAUUUGUUUUUAUAUCCAACCUUAAUCAUGCUAUCUGUAUCUUUUUUGAUCCUCUUGGUAAUUAUGUCCUCAUGCUUAUAAUGUGGGUUUAUUAUCCUUUCUAUAUCUUUUUAUACAAAAACUAGUACACCACACUGUUUGUUCUAGUCAUUGU